AUGACGGCGGCACGCUCCAAGAAGCGCACGGCCAGCCUGGACGACAGCGACGACCAGCUGGCCGGUGCCUCCAUGUCUCCGAGUGAUGGCUCGCCCGGCGGCGGGUCGGGCGGUGGCUCCGUGACUAACGAACAGAAUGGCGACGCUUCCGCAAACGGCACAACAAGGGGCUCGGGUGGCGCGCCGCCGCUCCGCAAACGCAAGCGCCGUGUUGUGUCAUGCGCCGAGUGCCACCGGCGAAAGCAAAAGUGCGACCGCAACAUGCCGUGCAAGGCUUGCAUCGACCGCAAGAUGGAGGCCAGCUGCCACUACGAGACCGUCGCCAUGUCGCGCGAACGACAUCACAUGCGCGUCCUCGAGGCCGCCUCGUACGGCCGCGCGCUGCAGGCCGGCGGCUCCAUACCCGUGAAGGCGGCUGGUUUCGGUUACGCACAAAGCGCCGCCAACACACUUGGAUUCCUAAAUCGGCUCGAUGGCGGACGGGGCAACAAUGUUGCGGGCGGCGGAGAUGUUGGCGAGCAGUGGGGGCCUGACGGCAAAGGGCCGUCCGCAAGCGGCAGCGGCACAGACAGCGCGACCCUCGCCAGUAUGGUAUCCGAAAAACUGGACAGUUCGGCCGUGGUACCAACGACAGAAGCCGCACAUGCUGCUGCAAUGGCUCAGCAGCGGUUUUACUACCAGCAGAACGGAGCCUCCCGGUUUCCAGCGAAGCAGACGACAACACAGCAGCAGCAGCACGAGUCCCACAAGCUCAUCCACUCCCAACACCCCUCGUUUGACCACCAACUCCACCAGCGGCCGCAGAUUGGCGAUCCCUACGGCACAGCGGACCGAUACCGAGCCCUCGUCCGCGAGCUGCCACCACGCGCCGCCAUCGACCGCCUCGUCGACACCUACUUCAAGGAGUACAACUGGAACUACUAUGCCAUUGACGAAGACGUCUUUGAAAAGCAGCUCAAUGACUGGACUGACGUUGCCAUGGGUCCCUUUGGAACGCUGCAAUCGCCGAACCAGCUGUCUCCGGACCUGCGCGCAUUCCCCGCGCUUCUCUUCAACGUCAUGGCCAUGGGCCUGCUCAUGCUCGAACCGAACAAUGAGGAACACAUGGCGUUUUUCGACGGCAUCAAGCAUGCCAACAAUGCCACCGGCGAGGAUCUCGCUCUGGACUACUCCGAAGCUGGCAUGGGCAUCUUGUCGCUGCUGGGCAAGCGGCAAAUGUCGUUUACGACGGUGUUGGCUGCGUUUGCACGAGGCGCUUUCCUGAAAUACGUGGCCCUCAUUACGGAAGCUUGGCACGCUAUUGGAGGUGCCAUUCGUGACGCGCAAGAGGUCGGGCUGCAUCGCACCUCAAUGGACCCCAAACCAUGGGCCAAUACUGCCGAAGCCGUUCUCGAAAACCAGUGGGAGAUACAGCUGCGCCGCCGCCUCUGGAUGACGCUCGUCAGCUGGGACAUCCAAAUGGGUGCGAUUCUUGGGCGGCCCAUCACCGUCGACCCCACGGCCCGCAUGACGCUGCCCAUCGACUGCAUCAUGCCCAAGACCUAUGCCGAGCGUUCCACUAUGCCCGUGCAGGCGCGCGGUGAGAACGAUCCCCCGACACCGCUGUCACGCGCCAUCUGGUCGUUUGAAGCCAUCUCGCCGCUCCGCCCGAUUCUCGAGUUUGAAAAGGAAGGACCGUGCCCCCGCGACUUUAGCCGCAUCGAUGAGCUGCACGAGACGAUUGUGGAGAUUGAGUCGCGGACGCCACCCGUGUUCCGCGUGGACAACCCGGACACGCGCUACGACAACCUGCCUGGGUUUGCGUGGCUGCCCAGCAUCCGCGCUACGACGCCACAGGUGAUUAUAUUCAACUACAUGGCGCUCCACCGCCCGUACAUCUUUACGCGGGCCAAGAGCCGCACCGAGGCCCUCAAGGCGUGCAUCCGGAUGCUGCAAGUCCAGCGGGUGUACUUUGCGUCUCUCAAGCCUCAGCAGUACAAGACGUUUUCGCUCUUCUUCGGCACGUUCGACUCGCUCGUCUUGAUGGCAGCCAUUUACAUCCUGUUCCCCAAGGAACAUCCCGAGCUGUUACCGGACGCCAUCCAGCACUACCGCUGGUCGGUCCAGCGCUUCGAGAUCAUGAUGGAGCAUUACAGCCUGGCACGGUCGGCGCUCGGCGUGCUCCACGCCAUCUACCUGCGGCUGCGCAAAACGCUCGGCAUCAGCUUCCUCGAAAACGACCAUGGCCUGGGCGGCAUCCUAGGCCCCGGCGCGGCGCCUGUCGAUGAUUUGACGCUCAGUAACAUUGAUCCCAGUCUAAAGGGCGAUGGGCCGGUGUUGGGGGCGGCGGCCGCCAAGACGGGGAGUGGAGGUGCCGAUUCGGGAAGCAAUGGUGGAUACGAGGGCACGAAUGGAAGCGCCACGGCCAGUACCGACCGCACACCACGCGGUGUCUCCUCUGCAUCGGUCCUCUCGAGCGCAGCAAGCGACGUCUUUAGUAACGGCACAAAGACACCAACCACCGAAUCUGCAGCAGGACCUAUCGGGAUGCAUGGUCCGACGGCCGACGAUGGCAAAAGCCUCGAUCAGGGUCAGACGACACAGCAGCAGCAGCAGCAGCAGCAGGAGCAGUCACAGCAGGACCAGGACGGAUCUGAACCGGUCGCAUCGUCCAGCCUUCUCGACCCUCAGUUGGUGUCCCAAGAGUUUGGCGACCUUUCCGGAACACAGACUGCCGCAGACGACGCAAUGGUCGACUCGAUGUUCCCAGACAACUUUGACUGGUCGUCGCUGCCACCCAUUUGCCCGACAGGCGACUUGGCGUACAACAUCUUGCUUGGCGUCAGCGACGGGUCGGCAGCAUCGACGUGGGGCGGCGGCGGAAGCGGCGCUGGUGGAGGCAGUCUGAUGGGCGGGAUUGGCAGCAACAGCUUGGACCUCAUGAACAAUGUCAGCUCGGGCAUGGGCAGCCUGUCUGCCGACCUGGAUACCGCGGACGCGACCGCCUUUGCCGCUGUCGAGGCAGCGCGCCCUGCGGCUGCGGCGAAACAGGAUGGUCGUGAGAGUGCGUCACCUCAGCAACAGCAACCGGGCGAGGACGCCGCAGGCCGGGGAGUGAACUCGCUGAUUGACGGCACGGUGAUCCCCUGGCAGUUUGAAGGUGACUUUGGUAACAAUAGUUUAUGGAGUCUGCUGAACAACUACAACUCGUUUUGA